UCUUUUCUAUAGAUCUGUGAUUUCAUGUAUCUAGCCUCUUCCUUAUCGGAAUCCUCUCUUUCUCUCAUUCACAUUCUGUAUUCCAAACCCACUGAAAAAGGAACCCUUUUUUUUUUUCCAAGACAAAUUAUUUUGCAGAAGAAAUUUCCUCAAUCAACGCACUGAUCACCCCCCACUUCGUUUUUCUCGCUUUGUCACCUAAAUUCAAAGACCCUUCACCUUCACCUUCUUCUUCUUCUUCUUCUUCUUCAUACCUUGCUGUAACCUCACACACACACACACAUCCAUCCAUGCCUAUGAUUCGGAGCCUAAUCCACGAUAUGAGAUCCAGGUCGCGCCGUGUGGUUCAGGACGGUUCCCCAAUGGAGGAGCCUGUGACCGAUGGCUUGAAGCAGAGUUCCUGGGUCCACAUGCCUCAGGAGCUUCUCAGGGAGGUUUUACUCCGAAUUGAGGACUCCGAGAGCUCUUGGCCGCCGCGAAAGAGUGUGGUGGCCUGCGCUGGAGUGUGCCGGAGUUGGAGGGAGAUCACCAAGGAAAUCGUCAAGCCACCUGAAGUUUCCGCCAAGAUCACGUUCCCGAUCUCCGUCAAGCAGCCCGGUCCUAGAGAUCAUCUUCUUCAGUGCUUUAUAAGGCGCAACCGGUCCUCCCAAACAUAUUAUUUGUAUCUCAAUUUAAGUAGUGCUCUAGCUGAUGAUGGGAAGUUUCUUUUGGCUGCACGCAAGUGCAGGCGUCCGACCUGCACAGAUUAUAUCAUCUCUCUAGAUGCUGAUGAUGUGUCCAAUGGAAGCUACACCUAUAUUGGGAAGCUACGAUCAAAUUUUCUGGGAACAAAGUUCACAAUAUAUGAUGGCCAGCCACCUCAUGCAGGCGCAAAAAUUUCGAAAAGCCGCUCCACUAGGCUGGUGAAUCUGAAGCAAGUUUCACCCCGGGUCCCCACUGGUAACUAUCCAGUGGCCCACAUUUCAUAUGAAUUAAAUGUGUUAGGCUCCAGGGGGCCUCGGAGAAUGAAUUGUGUCAUGGACUCCAUUCCUGCCUCUGCAAUUGAACCCGGAGGGAUAGCGCCGACACAGACUGACUUUUCUCUGAGCAACAUUGACAUGUUUCCUUCAUUUCCAUUCUUCCGAUCAAAGUCAAAUCAUAUGGAAAAAUCCGAAUCUGGACCCCUGGGUGAUAAAAAAGAUGGCGUGCUAGUGCUGAAAAACAAAUCUCCAAGGUGGCAUGAACAGCUCCAAUGUUGGUGCUUAAACUUUCAUGGGCGCGUGACGGUAGCUUCAGUAAAAAACUUUCAGCUGGUGGCUUCCCCAGAAAAUGGGGUUGCUGGACCAGAACAUGAGAAGAUCAUCCUGCAGUUUGGUAAAGUUGGGAAGGAUUUAUUUACAAUGGAUUACCGGUACCCCAUCUCGGCAUUUCAGGCUUUCGCAAUCUGCCUCAGCAGUUUCGAUACCAAGAUCGCGUGUGAAUGAACAUGUUUGAACAGGUUAUGGUAAAUGCGUCACAAAUCAAACCCCAAAAGCAAGAAUUGAUAUAUUUUGCAUUGUCCAGGUAAGGAUGCCGUGUCAGUGGGGACAAAAUUGGUUGUAUUGGAGACUGAAUGUGGUGGAUGCAAAGUGGGCGCUGUAUGAGUUUGUUCUUGUGGACUGGAAUUGACCCAUUCUGGCUAGGUUUCGUGGAAAUUCUUGUAAUAUUCCAUUUCCUUCUGUACAUAAAUCAACUCUUUAUUUCUCCUUCAUUUUCUUUUUUUUUUUUAUAAGAAUCUCCUUCAUUUUCUUGUUUUGCAA